AUGUUGGUGUUGAGGAAAGAAGCGAGCAGCGAAGUAAAAGUUUUCAGGGCAGUUAAAGACGAAUUUGAUUGUUCUUGCUCCUGGCACUUCCUGGCACCGGCAGGUUAUGUAAGUAAGAAGAAGAAGAAGAAGAAGAAGAAGAAGAAGAAGAAGAAGAAGAAGAAGAAGAAGAAGAAGAAGAAGAAGAAGAAGAAGAAGAAGAAGAAGAAGAAGAAGAAGAAGAAGAAGAAGAAGAAGAAGAAGAAGAAGAAGAAGAAGAAGAAGAAGAAGAAGAAGAAGAAGAAGAAGAAGAAGAAGAAGAAGAAGAAGAAGAAGAAGAAGAAGAAGGAUGAUGGAUGA